AUUUGGAUUUUUUCCUCAUAUUAAGGAAGAAUAAAAAUAAACAGACGAUGUCACAAAAAUAGAAUUGUGUAAUAAAGCAUAUAUCUAUUUGGUAAUUAAGUUAUUUAUAUCGAUGACAUUUAUUGUUUCUUAAAUUAAGUGUGCAACUGAAAAGGUUUUUUAUUCUGAGAGUUUUGGAGAUUUCUUCAAAUAAAAAAAAAACAGGCUGAUUGAUCACAAUGAAUUUCGGUUCUGACUAUGUGUACGUGUAUGAUGACCUUGCAGACCAGUAUGAGUACAUAUCAGAUGAGGAAUAUGAGGAGGGGAUGGUGGUCAGUGAUUCUGACUCUGAUGAUGAAAGAAAGACCCGUGCACCCCCAGCCCCUGUCACACACCGAUCUCUGGACAUGGUGAUGCCAAUAUCUAGUCUUGGCUCUAUCCAAUCAGACUGCAGUGUAACACCACCACCCCCUCCACCCCCAGCGCCAUGUGAAAGGGACAUGGCAGAACCAAUACUACCACCACUCCCAACUGCUUCAGGAAAAAUGCUCAGGGCUGUUAAACCUGGUCGAUGGAAGUCCAACUUGGCAGCAUGUUACGCCAAUGACGUGUAUGAAAACGAUCCGUCACUGAAGGCACGUAAGGUACGGAAGGGGGACACAAACAUCGUCACUGUGAAGUUUGACAAGCUGAUAUCUCCCAGUGGAAUGCAUGCGGGCGACCCCCAGCCUUGCUCAAGCUGUGGUGCCAUCCUGUCCAACAUCAGCAAGCUAGAGACCCAGGAGGGGGACGGAAAUGAGGUCUGGACUUGUGAAUUCUGUUCCACUCGUAACAUAGUGGACAUUGUCCCAGAGGAGAUCCCAGCGCAGGCUGAUGUGACCUUCAUGUUGGAGCCUGCGCUAUCAACCAUGACCAGCGGACCCACGGGACAGGACGAGUCCCUUGUGGUGUUCUGUGUGGACGUGUCAGGCAGCAUGUGUGUCACAACGGAGGUUCCAGGUCAUAUAGAGCUGCGAGGUGCCGAGAGUCUACGUCGUGCACGCCUUAUGAACCACGAGCGGGGAGACCAGUAUCUGCCGCGUCAGAACCGUAAUGUGACCUACAUAUCACGUCUCCAGGCGGUGCAGGCGGCCAUUGACCACCAGCUCCACGAGAUGAACAGGGCCUUCCCCAACAGACGAGUUGGCCUGGUCACCUUCAGUAAUGAGGUUACAGUGUAUGGAGACGGCAAGGCUGACCCGGUGUCCAUCGUGGGUGACAAACUGACCAAGUCUGAGACCCUGAGGGAGAUAGCUGACCAGCAACCCUUCCCUGACAGCAUCAAGAACUCAUGUCAGCAACUCAACAAAAAACUCUUUGAACUGGAGGAGGGAGGCCCCACAGCUCUCGGCCCAGCGCUGCUGGUUGCUACGGCGAUGGCCGGCAAGGUGAGAGGCUCCAAGGUGAUCCUAUGUACGGACGGGAUGGCCAACAUAGGCAUGGGCAAGCUUGACAACUGGAAGAGUGAGGCUGAGCAGAAUGAGACCAUUCAGUUCUAUGAUGACGUGUCGCAGAUGGCCCUCGAUAAAGGGGUUGCAAUAUCCGUGAUCACCAUCAAAGGCACCGACUGCAAGCUGAUAGAGAUUGGGAAGAUGGCCGAUGUUACAGGAGGACAGGUGAACAUUGUGGACCCCUUGAGGCUGACAGAGGAGUUCACAAACAUCCUGGCCAACAGGAUCAUAGCAACCAACGUCACAGCAACCAUCAUCCUUCACAAACAUCUGUUCUUUUUCUAUGAAGACACAGAGGAAAGUCGUAUUGAGAAGAAAAUUGGUAACGUGACAGUGGAAUCGGAGGUUUCAUUUGAGUACGGCAUCCGUGCCCCACCUAAAGAACCAGAGAAAACAGAAGAUGCAUCACAGGAACCAGUUGCUAUGGAAACUAAGCCUGAAGAACCGACUGAGGGUGCUGAUCCCUUCAAUGAGAUCCCAGAAAUCACAGUGGACCCACCUGUGCCGUCUGUCAGUUUGGAGACACCGGUUCCGGAACCAUCGUCCAGUGAGCCUGGAGCGGCAGGGACAGGGGAGGAUGGAAGCAGGGUACCAGACAGGGAAGUGCUGCCCUUCCAGCUGCAGAUUCGCUACACUGAUACAGAAGGUGCAAAGGCGCUGCGUGUGAUCACACAGGUGAAACCAGUGACACGUGACCGCCAAAAGGCAGAAAGAUUGGCCAAGCUGGAUGUGUUGGCCGAGCACACAGCGCGCACCACAGCUGCCAUGGCCAAGGAAGGGAGGUACACCUUGUCAAGGGAACGAGCUCUCAUGAAUCAGCGAGUCGCCUGGAGAAAUGCCAAUAUCACCAAGGAGGAUGACCCAUCCACCAAGAAGAACUACAAGCAGUUCUUUGGUAAGAUUCAGUCCAUGGAGAACUAUCUGGCCUCCAAACAGAGCCUGGAGAGACGGACACACGGACGCACUCACAGUGACGAGGAAGAUGCGGUAGACAGUUGGGAGGAGGUGCCGGGUGGGGUCGUGGCGACAAGAGAACCACAGAAAAAGAGCCGCUCAUUCUUUUCACGACUCAGAAAGAAGCGUUCAGAGACCACAGAAGACACUGGUGCUGCUCUUCUGUACAGAGGAAGUAAUGCCAAGGCCUUCCUCAAUGAAGGAGACUAGAUCUUGAUCGUACAGUGGGAUAAAACACUUGUAUUUUGCCUUUGUCUUUUUUGUGCUCAUUGUUAACUGGAAUUGAGUUUUCAAUUGGCAACUAUUUUUUUUGUAUUUUAUAAUUGUUAUAAUUGACAUUUUUUUCUCAAAAUAUGUUUCAUUUAUAAGUCUUCCUUUUUCUCUUGUUGUAUGUUAAAAAACACGUGUACAUGUACAUGUUUGUUCAUACUUUAUGGUUUAUUGUUAAUGUUUUUCUUUUCAUAUAAUGGUUUGUAAAUAUGUAUUUUCAUAUUAAAUAUAUUUGUAUUUUUUAAUGUCAUUUAUUAUCAUUCUUUCCGGUAAAUUGUGUUGUGAAAGAGUUUUCAAUUUCUAAAAAAAAUACCUAUUAACAUGCCAUUUUAAAUUGAAACAUGCAUUUGGAAAUUGUGUUUCCUGUUUUGUUAGACAUCAUUCAAGUAGUAUUGGUAGUGCUUUGAUGUUUUAGUAAGUGUCCUGUAGCCCUGACUUGAUUUGCAUUGUACUUUCAUGUACUAGUUGUUGUUUUUUUAAUUUACCUUUUAAUCUUCACUCCCAUAGAUCAUAAGAGACUUUGUGCCCAAUAUCUGCUCAAACACUUUGAUAACGCUUAUUGUGGGUACAUGCGGUUGUUCCAUAACGUUCUUUGUUUUCAACUAUCAAUUUUUCAUUUUAAAGGAUUAUUUAUGAAAUUAUCAUGUACAUAUGUUUUCGUUGUUUUUAUUUAUGUUCAGUGUUAAUAUUGUUUAUUGUUAAAGUUUAUCUUUUUCUACAGCAGUUUUUUACAUGUUGUCAAUUAAAUGUACAGGAUCAUUAGCAUGUUAUGGUUUGUUGUUCAUGAUUUGUUUGAGUUUUAUUUUUGUUAGCUCACCUGUCACAAAGUGACAUGGUGAGCUUAUGUGACCGCGUGAUGUCCAGCGUCCGUUGUGCGUGCGUAUGUGUGUGUGUCAGUCAACAAUUUGUUUGUGUAGACAGUAGAGGUCACAGUUUUUAUCCAAUCUUUAUGAAAUUUGGUCAGAAUGUUAAUGUUGAUGAAAUCUGGGUUGGGAUUGUAUUUCAGUCAUCUUGGGUCAAAAACUAGGUCACAAGGUCAAAUAAUAAAAAAACCUUGUGUGGACAAUAGAGGUAACAGUUUUCAUCAGAUCUUUAUGAAAUUUGGUCAGAAUGUUUAUCUUGAUGAAAUCUGGAUUGGGAGUGUAUUUGGGUCAUCUGGGGUCAGAAACUAGGUCACUAGGUCAAAUAAUAGAAAAACCUUGUGUAGACAAUUGAGGUCAUAGUUUUCAUCUGAUCUUAAUGAGUCAGGUGAGCGAUUCAGGGCCAUCAUGGCCCUCUUGUUUUCUUUUGAAAUUGUUGAUCAUUUUUCUUAGACUGAAAUAAAGGCAAUAUAAUAUGUAACCAUUUGCAAGGAAAAUCUGGCGAUUAAAAUGCCUGACUCAAUAUUUUCCUAUAAGGGUGUUGUUUUACUGUGACUUAUCCUCUGUGAUCACAUUCCUGUCAUAAUACAGAACCAAUGAACUUGCACUCUUAUACUUUAUUUAUUCAGCCUUUGGAACAAAAAUCCAAUGUUGUAUACUUUUAAUAAAAUGCUUGUUAUAUC